CACGGUUAACCCCUCUGCCUCUGGCCACACCAAUAUAAAGCUUACUCCCAGGACGCGGCGGCGCGCUCUGCCCGGUGCAUCAUCCUCUCGCCUAGCUCCAGCUCCGCCUCUACUCUCCCCGCCGUCGACGUCGCCGUUGCAAGCACCACCAGAUAGAUCGACUAGAUGGGGAAGCGGAAGUUGACGCGCGCGAAGACGGCGCCGCGGAAGAAGGCGGAGAAGCUGGACACGUCCUUCUGCUGCCCCUUCUGCAACCACCCCGACAGCAUCGACUGCAAGAUCGACCUCAAGCACAUGGUGGCCGAGGCCUCGUGUAGCACGUGCUCCGAGAGCUACUCCACCACGGCCCACGCCCUCACCGAGCCCGUCGACGUCUACGCCGAGUGGAUCGACGAGUGCCAGAAGGCCAACGCCGACCGGGACGAGGGCAACGACGUCGUCCGGGAAGAGGUGGAAGACGACGAGGAGUACGCAUGAUCGAUCGUGUCCAAGUACACAAGUACGUAAAUUGGAUGCGUGUGUAGUACCACGGCACGAUCUAUUUUUCUUCUCCUUUUCUGUGAGUAGCGUUGUGAUUGGAUAUGCGUCGAUUCUUCCGUGUAGAUAUCUUUGUUGGUGCCGGAUGUAAAUCCUGCACUGCCGUGUCACAGCUCGUGGCAUCUCUUAUUGGAGGCUUUUCACACUACCAUGAAAGUUCGGUA